AAAUAUUUUUUCAAUAAAUUUCAAAAAGGUUGGUGUAUCAUAUUUUGUGCUUUUCAAUCAAAACCUCAAUUUAUAGUUUCAAGGAUGGGACAUAAAUCGCUAGGUUGGGGAGUAACAGCAAUAUGGGGGGUUUUCUCUGCGUACUAUCUCACUCACACUGACUCCAAGCUAUCAUUGUACGAAUUGAUGAUAAUGAUGCCUCAGUGGUGUGAGCUAAGCGAAGAGUUCAACACGAGUUAUACUGUCCUCACACCACAGGCCACCAUAAUCUUCUGCAUGGGCGUCACGGUGAUGUUGACCAUGUGCUGGUACAGUAUCCAAGAGGAUGACAUCGAUGUCAUGACCUCAGAGGCUUCUGAGAUAGAUCAGUACGUCAAGACUGACCUCGCACCAGAGGAUAAUCUCAAAGAGGAUGCACUGUUGGAGAGUGCCAAAUCGCUCAUGGAUCUUGUUGAUCUCGAGUACCAGCACUGUGCCGCCACCAUAGCUUCCAACAACGAGACCCCUGGCAAGAAAGUUGGUGGGGAAGCUGAAUGGGCAACAGGAGAAACCAGCUCUGAAGACGAGGACGCUACCCGUGAAAUAACUGGAGCACAAAUUAGGAACUAUUCAAAGGACACAGAGGAGGAACAAAUUUUAAAAUUUCUUGAUCAAUAAUCCCCUAACUAUCUGGGAACCAUUUUGGCUAAUUAAGAGUGAACACAAACAUUUAAAUGAUUUACAUGAAUAAUCUAAAAAUUAGUGGGAUUGAUUUGUAGAGAUUUGAUUCCACAGUAUACACUUGUACAUUAAAUUUACGUAAUGUGUGUAUAAGGAGUCAAUCAAUUUGCUUAAAAUAUUUGAUAUGUUUGAAAAUAUAAUAUAAAACAGA